AUGCGUCGGAUUGGCAUUCAUUGCGUAUGCAUAGUACUGGCGAUUUUCGCCGUUUUUGUCGCCGAUGCAUGGUCUGGGAACAACACAUACACUUUGGUCGUAUUAACUUCUAUCGAUCAGGACGAGUCUCUCCGUGAUGCCUUUUAUAACGCUCCAGCGGGAACCGCGUUUCGAAUACCCGUGAGCGGUUAUGAUAUCAUCCAGGACGGCAAUGAUGGGAACACAUAUCAAGAGACUUUUUUCCCGCUUGACAAAAUCGCGUCCUCGGCUACUCUGUUUUCACGUCAGGCCCCUUACCCGUUCGCAACCCUUCUUUCGUCCGAGUGGGUGGUGCUGGAAAAACCCGCUCCACACAAAUGCGCUGGUGCCUCUUGCCCUUCUGCUAUGAAGAACGACUACAGGGGCUCAAUCUUGUUGCACUGCCGACUUCCGCUGCCUCGGGAUCCCAAUGCGAUAGCGUCUGCAGUGUCCUCCUACCUGGCGCUGAGGGCGCCUGAAAUGGAGCGCGAUAUUCUCAGCUGGUGGACGCAGUUGGCGCAUCAACGUCCAUCGCUGUGUCUCUACGGAGAUGGGGAAGGUGCGGUAACGGGGACGCCCCGCUACUACGAAGUCUGCCCCCUUGAAGGGGUGUAUCGCGUCAAGAAGGGCGCUUUGCUGAGGGUCAUGGCCCCGACAAUGCCACCGCGAGAUCCCGACGCUGUGGAGGAAAUCCAGGGUGCCUCCAAAGCUCAUGCCGCGCAAGGAGGUAAGGCCAAAACGCCGAAUAUCUUAGAUUUAUUAAGUCAAAUGCACUCCUCCGCGCUUCAUCGCCAAAUACUGCGUAGCGAUCCACGCAUCGCCAUAGCCUUCGAGGAAGUCGGUCGCUACCACGCCAUGAUGAGUUACCCACGCUGGAAUCAGGCGCAGAAAGCGUGGGAGAUGGUGUACCCUUCCAAGCAACCAUGUGACUUGCAUGUUUCCAAACAUAUUGAAGAUCGUGGUACGGACGCUAAGGCUCGUCAAACCGGUAAGGUGUUCCAUCACGAAGGUCGUGAAUCCUCAUCUUCAAACCGCUUCCCCAGCGCCACUAUUGGCGCAGAUGAUCCCUUCUGGAAAACAGUAAUUCGGCUACGUUGUCCGAACGAUUACCAUGCUAAGCGCCGCAGUUCUCGUAUGCAACGAUCUAAAAUUGAUGAUAUUAUGUUUUGGUCUAUCAAUGAAGCUCGGCAGUUAUGCCGCUACGAAGUGGAGCUGGAGACAACGUUAGUGUGUGAAUGGGAACGCGAGCUAGAUAAACUGGUAGUGAACCCCAUUCCGUGUGUGAAGCUGAAGUAG